UGUCCCGCCGAAGGACGAACACACACCCCCUUGGUUUGUGCCGCAGCCAGCCACGUGUUCGAUGCCGAUUGGCGCGCGUAUCCAUGGCCAUGCACAUUUCACACACGUGGCCUGUGGGGGCUUCGUCGUCGAUGAGGUGGAUCAGGCCCUGAUGAAUGCCGCUGUGGACGUGUGUACAUCACUGCGCGCCGGUGUGCGUGCGACUGUUCCUGACGUGGCGCGCGCUUUUGCUGCCACGUGCGCCGGGAGGAUAAAGCCAAUAGAGACGAAGAGAGCAACUGCUCGGAAAGCAAGAAGAUACAGUGUACUGUCGUCGCCGCCGGCGGAUCAUUCGUCAUCCUCAUCCUCAUCAUCCCCGUCCUCAUCAUCCUCGUCCUCGUCAUCAUUAUUAUUCUCAUUAUCAUUACCAUUUUCAUCACUACCGUCGAGAGGAAGAGUGUCCGCUGUUCGUGUGGAUAUUGGAUCGGGAUCGGGCGAGCGACAGCUGGCACCGAGCUGGCUCAUCAGCGCGGCCCAGCGCUCUUCUUCCCCCCGCUCAUCAUCAUCAUCAUCGACUAAUCAUCAAUCACUUGCUCUGUCGCUCUGGGCUAAUCAAUCGAUUUGGCAGCGGCGUGCUUGCAUGGCAUCGUCACAACAACAGACUACGGGGGGCCCCAUGGAUCCAAAUCGGACGGAGGACGAUUCACCAAAGCCUUCACCCAAUCCUUCUCAGUCUUUUGGCGGCUUCGCGUUCGAAGUGUUUGGCAAGGUCCAAGGGGUGUGUUUCCGAAUGUACACCAGUGAAAAGGCAGAGUCCUUGGGCUUAGUUGGCUGGUGCCGUAACACGGCAUCGGGAACCGUCCAUGGCGAAGUGCAAGACGCCGUAGCCGCCGCCGAGGCUCAGCAGGCUGCGGCAGAAGCAGAACGUCAGCGGCUGGCCAAUGAAGCGACAGCCGAAGCUCAGCGGACAGCUGAGACUGACGAAGCGGCACGAAACAGACGGAAUGCCACCAGCACGGAGUCCCUGAUUGCUAGUGAGCAUCAGUGGACAACGGUACUCCAAGGCAUGAUCUUUGUGCCUACGGAAACGCAGGCGGAGCCGACACAGGUGGAGGCAGAGAGAAGUAACCUGGCUACUAUGAUGUUGAACGUAAUGAGGGGAGUAAUGUGGAACAACAAACUACUGCAGGCACACCUGCACGCGGAACGACAGCAAAGACAGCAGUACCAGCAAGACCUGGCCGCUGUAACGGCCGACGUCCGCGACGCAGCAGUGCACCAGCAGCAACAGCAACAGGUGAUGAACUCUACCAUCGCACGCAUCAGCGGCAUUGAGGCCAAGGCCUCAGCAGCGCCAGGCUGCACGACGGAUGCGACGAAGCAAAUCAAUGAACGCAUCGAUCACGUCGUCACCAUCAUCGGCGACAUAGGUGUUUUCAACGGACCGGACACGAUCAGCAAAACGGUGGCCGCCCUCAAGACGGACAUCACCAAGCUACAGACGAGACCGGACGCCGCUACAAAGACAUUCAAGAUGCCGCACUUCGACAUCUGCAAGUUCGACGACUACAACAAGUCGGACGCUUUGACAUGGUGGCAACGUUUCCUCACGGAAGCAUCAUGCCGCACUGUCCCGGCGAACGACAUGUUGAAGGCACUCUAUUUGCAACUGAUUGGAGGAGCGCAGGCAUGGAUGAACCACCUGGCGGGCACCCACAGGUGCACCAUCGCCGAACUCCACACGCACAUCACGUGGAAGGAGUUCGAGCAGCUAUGGUUCACCCGGUUCAUGGUCCGCAACGUCGUGAAGGCGGCCAUGAAUGAGGUGUACACAUGCUCUCAGGGGAACAUGCCAACUCGAGACUGGACAACGAAGUGGCAAAAGAUAGUGACCAUGCCAGGAUUCGAUUUGAGUUUUCCAAAUCAACGAUCCGAGUUCUUCUCGCGAUCGUGCGCGGGAUUGCGGUCGGCACUCGGUAACGAGUACGACUAUACCACAUUCCAGGCCAUUCUGGAUAGAGCGAACUUGGUCAUCCAAACGGACGACAAGGCCGCUAACGAGAGACAAUCCCAGCCGCAUUAUGUGGCUAAGCAGGCCUAUCAACGUCCGACACAUAAGAAUGCCGUGAUUUCUGAGGAAACCGACGACCACCACGCUGCAGCAGCAUCCUCGGGUGAUGGAGGAAUUGUCGCAGCGCUCCCGCCGAAGCGUCCCAAGAGAGUUCGUAAGAACAAGGCGACACAAGAGACGACAGUGACGGGAGCUGGGCAACCAUGGACGGCAUAUAAGAUCACCAAGGAGGUCUAUGACCUACGUCAGAAAGCCGUCGUCAGGUAUUACCACUGGUGUGCCGCUGUGCUGCAGUUCGCUGGCGUGGAGCCCAGCUAUGGCGCCCAGGAAACAUUGGCUAUUGCGCAUUGGAUCGCCGUAUUCGCGCAUAACCCGUUGCGUGUUCUCGUCAGAGCAGACAGGUUUGACAUCACUGAAAUACUCCUCAUUUGACAUUCGGCGGACGAGUAGAGGGUCCUAUUGGCAAUAAAUAGGGGAGGACACAUCAACUGGCCACUUUGCAGCGAUUUCACCCCAAAAUCUAGAGCAUUCAGCAACUUCCAAGAAGUGCAGCCACGUUUUUCAGAGGGGGGAAGGGAAACGGGAAAAAGUCUCCCCCCCCAAAAGAACACAUCCCUUUAUGGGGAAAGAAAGGUUCUUUUGUGUGAAAUCUCUUUCUCAUGAAAAUAUACAGCUCCUUCAUAAUUGCCAUUGCACAGCUGACGGCUCGCAUUGGGCUGUUAUGGUCGAGAUUGUGGGUUCGAUUCCUUGUCGCUGUCAACGGACCCGGGCAACAUACCGAUCACUGCAUCAAGCACAGCGGUCAGCCAGCAAAGGAGAUGCUCACCCGGAUUGUCAAGGUCAUGGGUUCGAUUCCUUGUCGCUGUUGACGGACCCAGGCCACAUACCGAUCAGUCCUUCAAGCGCAGCUGUCAGCCAGGAAAGGAGAUGCUCACCUGGAUUGUGGAGGCUGCAUAGGGAGCUCAUUCAGAGAGAAUGUGUGGGCGAGCCUAUUGAAGGUCUCAGGGCAUACUCCCACUAGCACUUUCCUAAAUGUAUAUGAAUGGAAUUGCUACCAGACCUGGAUGCAUCUGACUGUAAUCGCGUCUAGAGCUCACUCGGAAAAGUCCUAGUGGGUGGGAUGAGCUGAACGUCACGACCAGCGUGGCUUCGGUUUUCACACACCCCGUCAUGGUUGCAGUGGUAAAGGUGUCCAGCUGUUAUGAGUCUUAUGACCAAGGUCACCAGUUCGAUUCCAUGUCGUCGAGGGAGGAUCCUGCCAAUGUACCAAUCGACCUGGUUAGCAGAUGUCGGUAUUUAAUGAAUAGUGAAAAUGAGAAAGAUGUAUGAAAAGUCAUGCUCCUACAGGCGCUUCUGAGGUGAAUUCGGCUGCAACCACGGCCAGAUUGCGCCGAAGAAGUCCGAGUGAGAGUACGGUCUAAUUUUGCAGAGGAGUCAGUGAGCACCCCUCUGUUUAUGUUUGAUGGCGGUAACCUACUAGCCUCUCUUCUUUUCUUCGAGAGAAAAGGUAGUAGUACCGUGGUACCCAUCCAGCAAUUUGUGGCCCCAUGAGAAUGCGCACCUGACUGGCAGGAGAGGCAUUCUCCCUCGUAUAACCCAAACGGGAUCUGUGCAGUCAACUGCUAUUUUGCCACCAUUUUUUUUUCUCCCCCCUUUUUUUUUCUCCCCCCUUUUUUUUUCUUUUUCUUUUUUUAAGUGCGGAGUAUUUCAUCCGCUAAUUAUAAAUUUUAAACAUUUAUCGCUCUCUGACGUGUACGUUUUCUUCCCAAUUUUCGCUUUCUUAUAAUACCCUCCUUUAUGCCCAAUUUACAAAGAAGCAGUAGAUCUCUAAGGAAGCGUUGCUGCCUGUGAGCACUGUUUUCAGGAGAGAACCUGUGGUGUUUGUAGCCAAGAGCGCGAGUGGUCAAGAGAGGGCACUUGUACCACCAUCAGAGUCAAACAAUGAGAGAGGGUGUUUUCUAUACAAAACCCUUUGCCCUGAUGUUCUUCUCGGCGGCUGUGGGCAGGGGGGAGGAGAAGGGUGCAGGACUCGGCAAGGAGGCCCUGUGGAAGUGGAGUUGGUGAGGGGGCCAAGUGGGGCCUGAAUAGUUUUGAGUUGCACCUUUGCCUGCGGGAACAUAAAGUUAGCCUGAGACGGUGUGGGCUGAGAUACAGCCAGAGAUGCGGGAGAUGAGUGUGUCCAGGUAUCAGAGGUUAGGAAUCAGAGAGGCUGCUGAAUAGUGACCUCCACAGAACAGGGGUUGAUUCGACAAGGCAAGGACACGCCAGACGAGGGGUUGAUUUGACAAGGCAAGGACACASCAGACAAGGGGUUGAUUCAACCCCUGUAUCAAGGGGAAUUAGCAGAGGUAUGCGGAAGGUGAGUGUGUCCAGGUAUCAGAGGUUAGGAAUCAGAGAGGCGGCUGAAUGGUGACCUCUACAGAACAGGGGUUGAUUCGACAAGGCAAGGACACGCCAGACAAGGGGUUUCUUCAACAAGGCAAGGGCACACCAGACAACGGGUUGAUUCAACCCCUGUAUCGAGGGGAAUCAGCAGAGGUAUGUGAGAAGGUCCACAGACAAGGGGUUGCUUCAACAACGCAAGGACAGGUUUGUGACUCCUUUUUAUUGUUCACUUGUUUUGCAGAGUGCCCUCUGUUAGUUUUUUUGUAUAUUGUCACAAAUCUAGAACUACAAGAGCGCACUUUGCGAAAUAAACAGUAAAAGUACACAGGACAAACAUCAAGAGCACACUGAAACCAUCCAUUUUUAUUAUUCUUCUACGAACUACUCCUGCACUAUGCCUCUCAGUUACAACCCUCGCCACAUUGAUGAAGUUGAGCACGCUGUGGGGAUAGGUACUUGAAAAUUGACUGUGAACUAGAUGCCUUACCUGAUAUUAUCCUGUAAGUACUCAAUUAAGAGUGCCCUCUGUUAGUUUUUUUGUAUAUUGUCACAAAUCUAGAACUACAAGAGCGCACUUUGCGAAAUAAACAGUAAAAGUACACAGGACAAACAUCAAGAGCACACUGAAACCAUCCAUUUUUAUUAUUCUUCUACGAACUACUCCUGCACUAUGCCUCUCAGUUACAACCCUCGCCACAUUGAUGAAGUUGAGCACGCUGUGGGGAUAGGUACUUGAAAAUUGACUGUGAACUAGAUGCCUUACCUGAUAUUAUCCUGUAAGUACUCAAUUAAGGUUUGGAAAAAUGGAUAGGAGAAAAGGCUUCUUCAAAUUAAACAAAUGUUCCAUUCCAUC